AAGAUCAGAAGUUGGAAAAUCGUCCAAAACCGCAGUACGAGAUAGUAUUAGGAAGAUUGCGAAUCGCCAAACUGCAAAUUAAUUGUCAAAAUGGCGUACGAAAACGGAAGAAGCAGAAGCAUUGACCUGGACAAUAUGGAAUUGGAUCCCAUUCGGCGAACGCGUUUUCACGUCAACCGAGUUGACAGCUUGGAAGGUCGAGCUAGCCUCCUGGGGGAACAGGAGACCAAGAAAUCCCUGCGUAAUCUGACACGCGAAGCAUUACCUCGACUAGAUAACUACAGGAAUAUCCUAAGUCUACAAGCAGUCCAUAGACCUACCCUAGAUGAAUUGCACAAUUCUUCUUUCGUCAACAAGGGUCACGCGUCCAACACACUUCCAUCAUCCGUGGAGAAGCCGUUAGAAGCUGGUAUCAAGUUUGGGUGGAUCCAGGGUGUGCUUGUACGAUGUCUCCUAAAUAUCUGGGGAGUGAUGCUCUUCCUGCGGUUGUCGUGGGUCGUGGCACAGGCAGGGAUAGGCGAGGCACUCUUGAUAAUAAUUACAACCACUGUGGUGACCACGAUCACCUCUCUGUCUAUGUCUGCCAUCAGUACAAAUGGUCUCAUCAAAGGAGGUGGAACGUAUUAUAUGAUCUCAAGAUCUCUGGGUCCCGAAUUUGGCGGAUCCAUAGGAUUGAUAUUUUCAUUAGCCAACGCCAUUGCCGUCGCCAUGUACGUUGUGGGAUUCUGCGAAAGUCUAGUUGACUGUCUCAAGUCCUACGGCAUCUGUAUCGUCGAUUGCGAUAGCACCGACAUUAGAAUAAUAGGUUGCAUAACAAUCGUGCUGUUACUGAUGAUCGUCGUGAUUGGAAUGGAAUGGGAAGCGAAGGCACAGUUGGGCCUGCUGGUCAUACUUUUGGUCGCCAUAGCAGACUUUGCAAUUGGCACUUUUAUUGGGCCAAAAGACGAGGGAGAAAAAGCCAAGGGAUUCGUUGGCUACAGAGCUGAAUUAUUGAGGGAAAAUUUUUAUCCGGACUACAGAUACAGCGAAGGAGUGGACCACAAUUUCUUUUCAGUCCUGGCAAUUUUUUUCCCUGCAGCAACGGGAAUUUUAGCUGGCGCCAAUAUUUCCGGCGAUUUAAAGGAUCCUCAGUCAGCUAUUCCAAAGGGAACUCUCCUGUCGAUCCUAGUAACAACGGUCACUUAUCUGCUGAUGGUUGUUAUGGUUGGAGCCAGUGUUCUCCGCGAUGCAUCAGGAAAUGUGACAGAUCUGAUUUCUUCAAUGACAGAAUCACCGAUCCUAAGUUCAACCGUAACUGAAACAAUAGUCGUCUUCCAAAAUGCAAGCACCAUCGAAAAUGACACGUCAACUAUCCCAGAGAACGUGACCAACCCCAUGAAAGAUGCGAUAGAUAGAUCGUGGUCGAUUUAUGGGACAGCUUUCAACUGCACCGGAGGAUGCGCGUACGGAUCACACAAUAGUUUCCAAGUAAUCGAAUUGGUUUCUUUCUUCGGACCGUUGAUAUACGCCGGCUGUUUCGCAGCAUCAUUGUCCAGCGCCUUAGCGUCCCUGGUAUCGGCGCCAAAGGUCUUCCAAGCGCUUUGCCUCGAUGAAUUGUAUCCAGUAAUCGCUUGGUUCAGCGGACAGCCUGGGAAAGAACCAGUCAGAGGAUACAUCCUCACGUUUGCCGUCGCUGUUGGAUUCAUUUUGAUUGGGGAACUAAACACAAUCGCACCGCUGAUAUCAAAUUUCUUUCUCGCGGCAUACACCUUGGUCAACUUCAGCACCUUCCACGCCUCGUUGGCCAAGCCGAUCGGCUGGCGCCCGACGUUUAAGUAUUACAAUAUGUGGCUCAGUUUGGCAGGGGCUGUACUUUGCGUCGCCGUCAUGUUCUUAAUUUCAUGGUGGACUGCACUCAUCACCCUGUCCGUUGUGCUCGCCCUGUAUCUUGUCGUUUCAUACAGGAAACCUGAUGUCAACUGGGGAUCCACGACCCAGGCUCAGACCUACAGCAGUGCGCUAACGGCGGUGCAGCAACUCGAUCGCGUUGAAGAACACGUUAAAAAUUAUAGGCCACAAGUCUUGGUGCUCAGCGGACCCCCGAGUGCUCGUUCGGUGUUGGUGGAUUUUGCACAUCUUGUCACAAAGAACCACUCUCUGCUGAUAUGCGGGAACAUCGUUGAGUCUAUUCUUCCUCAUCGAACGCGUGCCUCUCUAAUCAGUAAAUCGAUAUCCUGGCUGAGGGCCAAUAAAGUAAAAGGAUUUUACUCGAUGAUUGACGGGACAACGUUUCAAGAGGGAGCCACAGCAAUGCUGCAAGUAUCAGGCCUCGGUAAAUUGAAACCAAACAUUCUUCUGAUGGGUUACAAACAGGAUUGGGCCGCUUGUUCACAUGAUGAGCUUAACAUGUAUUUCAACGUAAUGCACAAGGCGCUAGACAUACACGUGGCGGUUGCUCUGCUCCGUGUUAACGACGGCUUGGACUACAGUUCGAUAAUGUGCGACGCCGAACAGCAGUCUACAUCCCCAAGAAAAAUCUCCUCAACUAGUAUGUCGCAAAAUCGAAGCUUUUCGCAAUUGAGCCAAGCAAGUAGCGCAUCUGAUAUUUCGAUGCCCGGAAGUCCGGCACCCCGAAGAUCUCAUGUGGUUAGCGAAUAUCCGAAUCCAACGACCGAGGAUCGCAUAGAGCCUCGACAAACCGUGGAGGUUAUCUCCAAGGAAGUCUUGACGAGCGUGACGAGGUUCCAAAGAAAACAGAAGAAAGGAACCAUAGAUGUAUGGUGGCUCUACGACGACGGUGGACUGACCUUGCUGAUGCCUUACAUCAUCAGUACUAGAAGUAAUUGGGCAAGUUGCAAGCUGAGAGUAUUCGCCCUGGCAAAUAGGCAUUCGGAGCUUGAGUACGAGCAGAGAAGUAUGGCCAGUCUGCUGGCAAAAUUUCGGAUAGACUAUUCCGCGCUGACAGUUAUUCCGGACAUAACUAAGCCAGCACAGCCGGCAACAACGAAUUUCUUCAAUCUGUUAAUAGCCGACUUCCAACAACCUGAAAAUCCCCAGGAUCCCGAUAGCGUUCCAUUGAAAGAUUCAGAGCUCCUGGCGAUGAAGGAAAAAACAAACAGACACCUUCGUCUUCGUGAAAUACUUCUGGAAAAUUCAAUGGAGGCCAAUCUGAUAGUAAUGACACUUCCGAUGCCGAGAAAGGGGGCUGUUUCCGCACCAUUGUACAUGGCUUGGUUGGAGACUCUGACCAGAGACAUGCCACCGUUUUUGUUGGUACGAGGGAAUCACACAUCUGUUCUCACCUUCUACUCAUGAAUGAGAAAAGUGGCCUGAGUGUUUAAAAUUUUUUUGUCCAAGAGUUUUCUUGUAUCGCGUAAACCAAAAAACAAUUAAAAUGUUCAAACAAGCAUCUACCAUUACAAGCAGCCAAAGAUUUUUCUGGAGUGUAUUACGUAGUCGUUAUACUGAAUGAUGAUGAAGAAAGUUUCCACUCUAAUAUUACCGAGAAUGAGACUAACAAUAAGGAAAAAUAUUAUGGGUAUACAUCUACUAGGUAUAUAAAUGGGUGCAUUUUAAGCCUUUGCUUUAGAAAUUCACGGUAGACGGAAUGUCAGGUUUAAUUUUUCUACUUAUCAUGUGGUAAUAAACAGCGUAACAUUAACUUGAGUAUAGUCUGUUUAUCUCACGGUCACGAACAAGGCUAGAUUAAAAUAACUCACGGCUUCGGGUAGGAAAUUGAAAUUCUUCCAACUACAUACCCUAAGGAAUACGUGUGCAUUGUGAAACCAUGAUACUGAAAAACGAAUUAUUGAAACACCCUCGGCGAUUAUAAAGCUUCAAGUAAUUUCAUUAUUGUCAGCACAAUAACGCCUUUGGCAGUAACAUAAAAUUCAAGAACGUUCUUCGGUGUUAUAAAUAUGCUGACCUUCCAUCAAUACUACGUGUGUAAGUGGUGACUGUCAAAGUUGUGCAUCAAUUUCGAGCGUAAUUCUUAAUUAAAAUGAUAUAGUAAUCCCGGUGCGUGUUACGCCGGUUAUAAAACUUGAUGUACUGUAAUUGCAGGACGUAUUAUUAUUGUUAGUCAACGCCUCAAAUUAACCACUGCUAUUUCCUAUUUUAUAUUCAAUAUUAAAAAGCUAAUUGUAAGCCACACUAACGAGCCAACGACUGGAAAAAUGUACGGAUGAAUCCGUGGGGAGAAAUACGUUCUAUGGUGGUAUUAAAUAAUUUUCACAAAUGUUUAGAACAGAUGAUUUACAAAGUCGAACGUGCGUUCAGUAAAAACGACAAGAUAAUCAACGGAAUCAAAUACGGCCGAUGCCUUAUAGGUGUGUAAUAGCUCAUUAAAGCUAACAUGAAUGUAUGCAUAAUAAAUACAGCUGUAUAAGGAAACGCGAGGUUGAUUACGAGCAGCUUUAAACACGGUUCAAACUUUCGAAGCACCUAUUAUGAAUCAAGAAGAAGAAAAUUAUUUGUACAAACUUACACGCAGCAGUUUCGAUCACGCAAUUAAAUCGAUUCAGAACAC